AUGCCGAAUACAUCAUGCGACUUCGAAGCCGCUGGUUCUGCCGACUCGCUCAGUCUCCUCCAGGCCGGCUACUUCAAUCUCAAGCGCAGAGCUGUGGGGGAGUAUUUGGGACUAAUAGAGCCCAAGGCGAAGAAGAAGCCGAAGGCGGAGGCGGAGGCUGAAGAAGACAAGGUCGUGGAGGGGGCGCUGGCAAAGCUGGACCCGGCCGAGCUAGAGAAGCUUGGCCUUUCGAGAGACGACCUCAUUCCUGAAAAGGACACUUCUGAGCGCAAACAAGAAGUCCCUGCCGAAGUACAGCCACCAGUCUGCGAGCGAUGUCAAGACUUGACACACUACAACAAGGGCACACCCAUCUUCCACCCGAGCGUACACUCGAUCGCCGAGAUCAUCGAAGAAUCACCCCAUAAAUACAAUCACAUAUACCACCUCAUAGACGCCGCCGACUUUCCCAUGUCUCUCGUCCCCCGACUACACAACCUCGUGGGCGAUGUGAAUCUCCGUUCCCUAAAUCGACGAUCGAGGAAGGGCAAGUUCUACGGCGGGCGGAGGAUCGACAUGAGUUUCAUAAUAACGCGGAGCGAUCUGCUGGCACCCGAGGAGAAGCAAGUAGAUGCACUGAUGCCCUCCCUGCGGAAUGUCUUGAGGGAUGCGCUCGGUCGCGUGGGCCGGCGCGUAAGACUCGGCAACGUCCAUUGCGUUAGUGCGAACAGGGGAUGGUGGACGAAAACGUUGAAGAAGCGGAUUUACGAGCGGGGAGGCGCCGGUUGGAUGGUGGGUAAGGCGAAUGUCGGGAAGAGUAGCCUGUUUAGCGUCGUCUUCCCGAAGGGACACAUGCAGGCUCCGCAGCAGCAUGGCGGUAAAGAUUUGGCGUCGCUCCUCGCCGAGAUGCCUUUCCCUCAAACUGCUGCUGCUGAGGAGGGUCCAUCGAAAUCUGUCAUUGAACAGCCCACCGAGCUCGAUAUUGGCGAAUGGCUACCCCCUCCUCGACCGGAAACCAACUACCCGGCUAUGCCGACUGUUUCGGCCCUGCCGGGAACCACAGCUUCGCCCAUCAGGAUUCCUUUUGGGAAUGGAAAGGGUGAGUUGAUAGACCUACCGGGUCUCGAUCGCGGCGGCCUCGACGAGUACGUCAAGCCGGAGCAUCACUCUUCUCUCAUCAUGAAGAGACGCGUGAAGCCUGUCCAGGAAUCCAUCAAACCCGGACAGUCUCUGCUCCUGGGAGGUUUCAUCAGAAUCACGCCGAGGACUCCCGACCUCGUCAUUUUGGCAGCCUCCUUUACUCCCCUCGAGACACACGUCACCUCAACGGAGAAAGCCAUCAGCAUUCAGAAGCAGGAAGGGCAUCUUUCGGUGGAGAAUAUCGCGGUGCCCGGGACCGGGGAGAAAAUCGAUCGCGCCGCCUCCCUUGAACUAUCGUAUGACGUUACGAAGCAGCGAGCAGGUCCGUUAACGCGGAAGAACGCUCUUAAUCUCAAGCCUCAGUCCCUUGCCUUCAGGGUCCUCGCGGUGGAUGUCCUCAUCGAGGGUGUGGGGUGGGUGGAAAUCUCUGCUCAAGUCCGCACGAAAGACUACCCUCACGAGGGCCGCGAAAAGGAAGAGCACCUGAUCGAGAAAGAGGAGGAGGAGGAGAUGAAGAAUGAGGAGGAGGAUCCCUGGGAAGCACUGGAGCGGGCCGUGAACCCUAUAAAGGUAGCGGAGACGAAGAAGCCAUCGCCACCAACACCACCGACAAAGCCUGAAGAGCCACUCUGGCCCGUGAUUGAUGUGUUUACGCCGGAAGGCCGCUUCAUCGGAUCGCGGCAGCCGUUGAACCUGUAUUUGCUGAACAAGGCUAGGACGGAGCCGGCGAAACGGCUGCGGCGGAGUAUGAAGGGUGCGAAAAAGCGGGAGAAGAUGGCGAAACGGGCGGCGCGGGCGGCGGAGAGAGCUGGCUGA